GAGAUAUUCACAUGACAGCUAAACAGCCCCUCUGCCAAGCUGUACAGAAGAAGUCAUUUCUUCCAUUACCAGUGUUUCAUAAUACAGGUCUAUCCUUUGAGGUUGUUGGACAAAAGACACCAUGAAAAUGUCUAGUCAUAAUUUUUAUUCCAGUUCAGUUAACUGAGCAAAACUCAAUUGAUAUAAAAUUUUUAAGUAAAUAAACUUAAAAAAGGGUUUGUCUUUACCAGGUGUUUGGAAAUUUUGCUCAGAUAAAAUUUUUAAAGUCUGAAAGGUCUAUGUCAGUAAGCUGGUUAAGGAGAAUUGUGUGUUUGCCCAGAGAAACAAUGCAAAUUAGUGGAUUAUGGUAACCUCUUCACCAGAAGAAAGUGUUGCCACUGUUUAUUAUCAGUUCGAUGCAUGUUUAUUCAGACUCAGGACACUCCAAACCCAAACAGUGUGAAGUUUAUUCCAGGGAAACAAGUGCUGGAGUCGAGGACCAUGGAAUUCUCAACACCAGCUGCAGCAUUUUGCUCACCAUUAGCAAGACAGUUAUUCAGGAUUGAAGGAGUUAAAAGUGUCUUCUUUGGGCCUGACUUCAUCACAGUCACAAAGGAGAGUGAAGUCCUGGAUUGGAACUUACUGAAACCAGAUAUUUAUGCAACUAUAAUGGAUUUCUUUGCCUCUGGCUUACCUGUAGUUACUGAAGAGGCACCUCGUACAGACACAGCUCCUUCGGAGGAAGAUGACGAAGUUGUAUUAAUGAUUAAGGAACUGCUGGAUACUAGAAUAAGGCCAACAGUGCAGGAGGAUGGCGGCGAUGUCAUAUACAAAGGAUUUGAAGAUGGGAUUGUGCAGCUAAAAUUGCAGGGGUCGUGCACGAGCUGUCCUAGUUCUAUCAUAACGCUGAAGAACGGAAUACAGAACAUGCUACAGUUCUAUAUUCCUGAAGUAGAAGGUGUGGAACAGUUUGCAGAAGAACUAGAGGAGAUUUGUUGCAAGCAGAGCUCCCUUGGGAGGACAGGGUUUGGGGCAGACCCGAGGAAAGUGAUCUUGAAUGUUCAUUAUCCAGGAGCUGGUUUCUUUAGAAAAAAUGCACAUCUGAUUUUUACUAAUCCAGUUUUUUUCAGAAACUAAGCAUGUUCCUAUGUAGUGUUGAAUGUCCAGGAGGACAUCUUAAGUAUAUGGUGAUACUGAGGACCAAAUCUCCACUGGUGUAACUGCAGAGUCGCUAAAACCCUGUGAAUUAAACCAUCAGGAAUAUGGCCCAUAGUACACAAAAGCAGUGUGUGGUACAAUGGACUUCAUAAUUUGUUCAGCUGUUGAUAAAUAUUUAACAGAACAGCUAUUUGACUUCCCCAGUAAUAGUAGUGUUUUAUAACUCAGACAGGAUUUUGAGACUGGAAUUAUGCCAUCUUUUUUCCCCUGACCCAUUUAGUAAACAGCACCUGAUCUUGAUGAUGUAUUUAUGACAAAAGUAUCCUUAUGGCAGAUCCAUCUGCUUUACCAGGGAUCAGCUUGUGUGCACAGUAAUACUUUCAGUCUCAAAAUGGCUGCUUGCGUUCAGGUAUGUGAAAAAUGGACUUUUUUGGGGGCUUAAUUUGCAAUUUUGUGUCCACCUCUAUAAACUUUGAAAUACUCUGAUGCUAAGCAGCAGCUGUGUUGCUGUGAGUUAAAUAAAAUGUGUGGCCUCUGUG